AAUCGCUCUCUCUCACCUCUAAAAAUUUCUCAAAACCAGAGAAGGAUAUCAUUUGGUAUCUUCCGUUAACGGUUACUCCGGAGGAAUGCAAUUCCAUAUUGAUUUCGCCCCCACCGCCUCCAUGUGCAGUCCUUGCGCGAGCUCCUUUGCUGUCUGAACUUCCGUAGUUUUUUUUCCUCCGAAAACGAGACGCAUUUACGGAGAUUUUCUUCUCAAUCUUUCUAUUAGUCAUGAAAAGGCACGAAGCCCUGGAGACCCAUAACCCAUUUGAUUCUCUCUCGGAGGAGCUCGUCUUCACCAUUCUCGACCACCUUUCUUCGAAUUCACUCGACAAGAAGUCGUUUUCUUUAGUCUGCAAAUCUUUCCACGCAAUCGAAGCCAAACAUCGCCGAGCCAUCAGGCCUCUUCGCUCCGAACUUCUUCCUUCGAUCUUGAACCGAUACCCGUUUGUGUCCCAUGCUGAUCUCUCUCUGUGCCCUCGAGUGUCUGAUAGUUCCCUCAACUUCAUAGCUAACGCUUACAGUGCUACGCUACGACGGAUCGAUCUCUCGCGGUCCAGGUUCUUCUCUGCUAAUGGGUUGUUGAGUUUGGCUACCAAUUGCAAGAAUUUGGUAGAGCUAGACUUGUCCAAUGCGACGGAGCUGAAAGACGCAGCUGCGUCUGCAGUGGCUCAGGCGAUGAAUUUGGAGAAGCUGUGGUUGGCGAGAUGUAAGCUGAUAACGGACAUGGGAAUUGGGUGCAUAGCAGUUGGGUGUAGGAAAUUGAAAUUGAUUUGCUUGAAGUGGUGUUUGGGUGUGGGUGAUUUAGGGGUGGACUUGAUCGCAGUCAAGUGCCAGGAACUCCGUAGUUUGGAUCUCUCUUAUUUGCCUAUCACAGGUAAAUGUCUGUCAUCAAUUGUUAAAUUGCAAUAUCUUGAAGAUUUGGUCCUUGAAGGAUGCUUUGGCGUUGAUGAUGACAGCCUUGAUGUCUUCAAACAAGGGUGCACAACAUUAAAGAAACUUGACGUCUCAGGUUGUCAAAACAUAAGCCACAUAGGUCUCUCUGCCCUAACAAGCUGUUCUGGAUGUAUUGAGCAGCUUACUUUAUCAGAUGGUUCUUCUGUGACACUUGCUCUUGCUGAUGCCUUGAAUAAACUUCCCAUGCUGCAAUCAAUCAUAUUAGAUGGCUGCCUGGUUACUCCUGCUGGAUUAAAGGCCAUUGGAAGUUCAUGCAUGUCAUUAAAAGAGCUGAGUUUGAGAAAAUGUUUGGGAGUGACUGACGAAGCUCUCUCAUUUCUUGUGUCCAAACACAAGGAUUUGAGGAAGCUUGACAUUACAUGUUGCCGCAAGAUAACGCAUCUUUCGAUUGCUAGCAUUGUGAACUCAUGCAAAAAUCUCACUUCACUCAGGAUGGAAUCAUGUACCCUAGUUCCAAGAAAAGCAUUCGUUGUGAUUGGACAGCAAUGCGAUUCUCUUGAGGAGCUAGACCUUACGGAUAAUGAAAUUGAUGAUGAAGGUCUCAGGUCCAUUUCUCGGUGUUCCAGACUCUCCAGUCUAAAAUUAGGAAUCUGCCUGAACAUAACUGACAAGGGACUUGCCUAUGUUGGUAAGUCCUGCUCAAAGUUAAAGGAGCUAGAUCUCUACAGGUCCACGGGAAUAACAGAUUUAGGCAUUUCAGCAAUUGCUUGUGGUUGCCCUAGGCUUGAGACGAUUAAUGUUGCUUAUUGUACUGACAUCACUGAUGGUUCCUUAAUCUCCCUGUCAAAAUGCUUAGAGUUGAAAACACUGGAAAUCCGUGGAUGCCUUCUUGUCACAUCUAAGGGUUUAACAGCUAUUGCACCAAAUUGCAAGCAACUAAGUCGUCUGGACAUAAAGAAGUGCUACAAGAUUGAUGAUAGCGGGAUGAUUCCACUUGCUUGUUGGUCCCAAAAUCUAAAACAGAUAAAUUUGUCAUACAGUUCAGUCACAGAUGUAGGGCUAUUGUCACUUGCUAGCAUCAGUUGUCUACACACUUUUAGUCUUCUGACCUUGCAGGGAGUGACUCCAAGAGGACUUGCUGCUGCUUUGUUGGCAUUUGGAGGGCUAAGAAAAGUGAAGCUCCACGUUUCCUUGAGAUCAACACUCCCUGAUCCUCUUAUCAAACACGUUGAAGCUCGUGGCUGUUUGUUUGAGUGGAGGAAUAAAGUGUUUCAGGCUGAGAUGGAUCCCAAGUGUUGGAAAUUACAGUUGGAGGAUCUGAUGGAAGUCGUUUAAGUUGAGAAGAAGGCUACAAAAAUAAUUUGUUUAUUCUGAUUUUUUUCUAUCAUCUCUACCAUCUCUCUGCAAAAUGGAUUAUCUACAGUUGGUGCUCAGAGGAAUAGAAUUGAUCCUCACUCUUCGAGUUAACAAAACUGUGUACAUGACUCUCGGAUCUCCUGCUGCUCUAGAAGCAGCCACGUAGAGCCUGUGGUGGCCUCCAAACAGUGAAUGUUUUGUUUUGUACAACUUUUUUUUAUCUAUCAUUUUUUUAAAAAAAGGGUUAAACCUGCUUUCCUUAGCGGCGUCUCACAAUUUGAGGAUCUUUUCUGGCCUUUAAAUUUUAAUUAAUACAUGUAUAUAUACAGAGGGAGAGUGUGGAUGUGCUCUGUCUUGUGCGCGCGCGCGCGGAUAACAACGGUUGUCUGAUGUCCUCUACUGCUGAUAACAACGGUUGUCUGAUGUCCUCUAUUAAGAACCACAACCCGGUAGAGACUUUGGUGGCCUUGAAUUAAGAAGGAAGAUGUUUAACGAUCA